AUGCGACAGGUUUUUCUAAUCUACUUACUGUGCGAAGCUAUUACAAAAAAUGAAGAGCAAAGUGUCAUUUUGCCGGUCUCAAUCCAGAUGCUGGAACAAGAUAUUACUCGAUCAGAAACUUCAACAUACCUCACAGUGCAGACGUUGCUAAACGACUAUUUAAAAACUGAGAAAGUGAAUAAAAAAUGCGAAAAUUGCAGUUUUACAUACGCAGAGAAAACCCAGAAAUUUGCUCGAAUUCCGAGAUGUUUCAUCUUGUUCAUCAAACGUUAUGUUUUCCAAGGAAGCAUUGCUGUGAAACGUGAUGACGAAAUUGAAGUUCCGCUAUAUUUAACCUUAAAUAAAGGUUUUGUCGACGAAGCAACUCAAUUUCCAGCUCUAUCUCCAACUACUGAGAAAAUUGAUCUUAAAACCAUCCGACCGCUUGGAAGAAAAUUAUUUCUGAAUGCCAAGCGACGCUUGAAGGUUGGGAACGCGGCAAACGGAUCGAACUCGUCAGUUGUAGAUGCACAGUCCACUGGGACUGGAAAGUCAAAAACUGAUACAUUAUCUCUUAAUCUGAGCAAUCUUACCAUAGAAAACCAUACUAAUAACCCUGGAGAAGUUGAUGUGAACAUGGAUAGCAUAAGAGGUUCUCGCAAAUCAGAUAUGAAGCGUGGCGAUAAAACAAUUUUAUUAAGCGAACAAUUUGAGGAUAGUCACGGAGAAUUGGAAACACUUGAUAAUGCACAUCUUCCAAAUGUCGAUAAUGGAGAGCGAAGUUUUGGAUCAGAAAUCUUUCCCCCUUCUUCUAUUGAAGCAUUACUCUCACUGAUGUCAGAAGAGGAGAUCCCUCCUAUAGAAAUACUGGAGUCUUUGCUGUUACAAGAUGAAAGUCUUUGCAAAGAAGUGCUGGAGUCUUUACUGUCACAGCAGUUGAUUUCUCGCAAUGAAGCACAGGAUUUACUGCGCUCACAUGGGAUGGAUUUGACAUAUACUGAAAGUCCUCAAAAAAAAUCAUGGUAUCAAUUAAAUUCAUGUUUUUUGAUAGUGGGUAUUGGUAAAAUUUCCCCUUCAGUUCAUCGUUUGGAAGUAAUUACUGCCAUUCAUUGGCAAAGUGUUCUCAGCUUCUUAUGGUGGUACAGUAAUUUUGAUAUUUUUUUAAGUCAUCGAGGAGAGCGACUAUCAGUUGGCUAUCACAGCGAUACGGAUGUGAAUUUAAUGGAGAAAGAAAAAAAGAGAAAGAUUCGUAAACGAAAACUGUCGGGUGACUUGGGAUGCCAUCGAAGAAGUGAAACAACUGUUUUUAAGGCUGAGAGCAAGCAGAAAAUUCAGGAGUGCAAAUCAGCAUCAGACGAACCGAAAAAAAUGCUUACAUACAAGAAAUUUUCACAUCAUGAGAUGACAAUCAUACCUAUCGGAUAUUUACAAAUUAAUCGCGAAGCAUUUUGCAAUCGGGAUAUAAUCUAUCGCAGAAACAGAUCAAUAAUGCAUCACACCAGUCAAGAUGUUGAAAAUCUGGGCAAU